UCUUGGAGUAGAAGAAGCAAAGAAUUUUGAGGAAAGAGUAAAAAACACAAAAAGUUAAAAUUCUAGUUUUUGGGUAGUCCCUUUGAUCCAUUCAGCGAUCAUAUAUCAGAAGACCCUUUCCUACACAACUCUCUGCUACAAAUGGCGGUUCAUCCUGUUCUUGACGGCGACAAGAAGCAUUGGUGGUUCACUCACAAGAAGAUUGUUGAUAAGUACAUUAAGGACGCAAGGUCUUUAAUAGCGAGCGAGGAGCAAAACGACGUUGCUUCAGCCAUCCAUCUACUAGACGCGGCGUUAUCGAUAUCUCCGAUUUCUGAAACUGCGUUAGAACUCAAAGCCAGAUCUUUGCUCUUUCUUCGUCGCUACAAGGAUGUCGUUGAUUUGCUUCAAGAUUAUAUUCCAAGCCUCAAGCUUGCCAUGAUGAACAACGAGGAAGAUGGAUCCGGUUCCUACGACGGUUCUUACUCUUCCUCCUCCGCUCAGCUCUCCCGGAAACUUCUCUCCGACUCCCCUCCUCGCCGUGACUCCUCCUUUAAGUGCUUCUCUGUUUCUGACUUGAAAAAGAAACUUAUGGCAGGCAUUUCUAAAAACCGCAAUAAAGAUAAACAAUGGAGAUACGUUGUUUUAGGACAAGCUUGUUGCCACCUAGGAUUGAUGGAAGACGCAAUGGUUCUUCUCCAAACCGGGAAACGCCUCGCAACCGCCGAGUUCCGCCGUCAGAGUGUAAGCUGGUCGGAUGAUAGCGUCUCCAUCCUCCUCUCCGAAUCACCUUCGUCGUCCUCUUAUGCUUAUCCUCCACGCAAACUCACCGAAUGCGAGACCGUCACUAACCUUCUCGCCCACACUAAAAAUCUCCUCCGUCGUCGCGCCGCCGGAUUCGCCGCCUUUGACGCCGGACUUUUCUCCGACUCGAUACGUCACUUCUCCAAAAUCGUCGACGGUCGUCGUCGCCCUGCUCCGCAAGCAUUCCUCGCCGAUUGCUAUAUGCAACGCGCCGCCGCUUAUAAAUCCGCCGGAAAAAUCGCAGAAGCCAUCGCGGAUUGUAACAAAACCUUAGCUCUAGAGCCGUCGUGCAUCCACGCGUUGGAGACUAGAGCCACGCUUUUAGAGACAGUUCGGUGUCUUCCGGAUUCACUUCACGACUUAGAGCACUUGAAGAUUCUCUACAACACCAUCUUACGUGAUCGGAAACUUCCCGGACCACCGUGGAAACGACACAACGUGAAGUACAGAGAGAUUCCUGGGAAGCUAUGCGUAUUGACUACGAAAUCGAAUAAACUUAAAGCCAAAAUCGCUAAUGGUGAAAUCGGGAACGUCGAUUAUUACGGAUUGAUCGGAGUUAGACGCGGAUGCACAAGAUCGGAGCUUGAUAGAGCCAACCUCUUGCUCUGUCUCAGGCAUAAACCUGACAAAGCUUUAGCAUUCAUCGAACGUUGCGACUUCUUCGAUCAGAACGAGAUUAGUUCCGUUAAAGACCGAGCGAAGAUGUCUUCUUUGUUGCUUUACCGGUUGAUUCAGAGAGGUUAUUCAGCUUUGACGGCAACGAUAGCAGAGGAGGAACAGAGGAAGAAGAUGGUGGCGUUGACUCAAACGCAAACGCAAACGCCUACGCCAACGCCAACGCCAACGAAAACGGUUGAAGAACAUGAACCGGUUCAAAAGUCCGGUUCAGUUAAGAGAACCGGUUUUAAAGAAACUAAACCGGGAAAUUCAAACGCGUUCCAAGGAGUUUUCUGCCGAGAUCUUGCCGCUGUUGGGAGCUUGUUAUCUAGGACCGGUUUUAACCAACCGAUUCCAAUAAAAUACGAUGCAAUCAGUUGUUAACCGGGAAUUUUUUGAUUGUAUAUAAUAUGUAAGAUUUUUAAUUCCACUUUACGAAUUAUUUUGGUCACUUUUAAAUAUUCGUCUCUUUUCCUCAGUUUA